AGUCGUUUGCAUAUCCGGCAGAAGGCAGAAGUCGCGAUUUCAAUAGGAGAGUAAAGGGGACGCCGAAUACACCAAUUAGCCUUGUCAAGUCUUGUUGUUUCUGAGUUUUGUGACCAUGGCGGAUCCGCUGAGUUUAUUGCGGCAGUAUAAUGUUAACAAGAAGGAAAUAAUCGAACGCGAGAACCAGAUUAUAUUUGGCGAGUUCUCCUGGCCCAAGAAUGUCAAGACCAAUUAUCUGACUUAUGGAUCUGGAAAAGAAGGGACACCCAAGGAAUACUAUACACUCGAGUGUCUCUUAUUUCUGCUCAAACAUGUCCAGCUUACACAUCCAGUGUAUGUGCGACAAGCAGCCGCGGAGAAUAUCCCGGUGGUGCGUCGACCUGACAGAAAAGAUUUGCUGGCCUAUCUCAAUGGCGAGACUGCCACGUCAGCCGCCAUAGACAAGUCGGCGCCGUUAGAAAUCCCAACACAGGUGAAACGCGCCGCCGAGGAUGGCUUAGAAAGCGGCUCAUCGAAAAAACCCCGUUUCGAGGAGACCCACGUGCAGAAGGUGAAGGAGCAGCUAGCCGCACGUCUGGAUGCUCCUAAGGAAGCAUCAGUUACCGUCGAUAAUAUCAAAUCUCUCUCGGAGGCAAUGUCAGUGGAAAAGAUUGCUGCAAUCAAGGCAAAACGUUUGGCGAAAAAACGUACUACUAUCAAGGAGAAUGAUGAUAUUGGCAUGGGCUCGGAUCUACGCGUAAUCCUCGACAUGGAUGUAGACGAUACAAAAGACAUCGUGUCCCGCGAGCGCCAAUGGCGAACACGCGCCACUAUCUUGCAGAGUAGCGGCAAGAUCUUCGCAAAAAAUAUCUUUGCGAUUCUGCAAAGUAUUAAGGCACGUGAAGAAGGUAGGCAGAAGGGCCCGAUCGUGCCUACACCUAUGGUGACGCCACGCUCGACACCCAUGAGGCCUCUUCCACAACCAGCCGUCUACAAUCGUUACGAUCAGGAACGUUUCAUCCGGCAGAAGGAAGAAACGGAAGGCUUUAAGAUCGACACCAUGGGAACGUAUCACGGCAUGACCCUAAAGUCCGUAACUGAGGGCACAAAUCCCGCCGUGAGAAAACCCCCGACCAAUCCGUCCGCCACGCCAACAUCUGGUUUACUGCCGACAUCCGCCGCUAAACUAACGCCUCAGCAAGCCGCGCAGAACAAACGACCCAGUCGAACGCCCAUUAUCAUCAUUCCUAGCGCCAACACAUCUCUCAUUACCAUGUACAACGCUAAGGACAUCCUCCAAGACUUGAAGUACAUUAGUAAUGAAGACAAACGGUCACAGGGUUGCAAGCGAGAGAAUGAGGUGCUUCUUCAACGGCGGAAGGAAGGUGGUCUGACCGUACCUUACCGAGUAGUCGAUAAUCCACAAAAACUCACAAAUGCCGAUUGGGAGAGAGUCGUUGCUGUGUUUGUCAUGGGACCGGCUUGGCAAUUCAAAGGUUGGCCAUUUGAUGGCAACCCAGUGGAAAUCUUUUCAAAAAUAUGCGCGUUUCACUUGAAAUAUGAUGAGAUGAGGCUGGACACAAACGUAGCUCGAUGGGCUGUCACAGUGAUUGAAUUGAGUCGGACAAAGAGGCAUUUGGAUAGAGCAGCGUUAAUGAUAUUUUGGGAACAUCUCGAUAAGCAUAUGAUCAAGAACAAGCCGCAUCUUCGUUUCUGAAAUGAUAAAGCGAUUCAGGUUGCAGAAAUGGCAAUAUAUCGAUCCCUGCGUCCCAUGUUUCCAUCGAUUGGAAUUUUUACCAGAAGAUAUAGGGCCGUGAGGUUCUUUGCCGAUGGUGUUGUGACGCUGAUUAUUCGCGGAUAAAGGUACCCGCGAUAAGCAAUGUGAUGUAUGACAACUGAGUCGUUGUCAUAUUAUGUUAGAUGCGUUUACAUUUUAUUGUUGCUUGCACGAAUAAAAUACUAAAAAAAUUGGAACGAACUAUGGGCCGGUCUCACUAAUUCCGAUUAGUCUAAUCGGUCGAUUAAAUAUUAACCGUGAUUGGUCAAUUCUGCUGAACAGCAAAUGCGAUUGGUCAGUUCCAAUCGGUCGAUUAAAUUAAUCGGAGUUGGUGAGACCUGCCCUAUGCCUUCUUCAAUUGAAAAGUUAAAGCGGCUCUACAUUGAGAUUUUAAGGCAUAAAGUAAUGAUUACACAUAUAUCCAGGUAUUGCCCCCACUCUCAUCAUUAUAGUUGAAAACAGAAUGCUUUUUCCAUACUUAGAAGCGUGUUUGGAUUCCUACCCGGGUGUUCCUCAGAUGUUAUGUCAUCCUUGUUUAACAUUCAGUAAAUAAGUAUAGAGUGAUGCCUGAGUAGGAAUUUGAACAUAGCCCAAAUAUGAUCUCCAACAGUUCGGUGUGAUCGAAUAUAUGGAAUAUGUAUAUUGGGUACGUGAGCCACCAGCAUUUGCGCUAAAUACGUGUCUCAAAUGUAAAUUGUCCUCUAUUCUUAGUGCCAGGUUGUACAUUAUUUUUCUAUAUUUUCUGAUCUCUUAAAAGAAUAAGUAUCUCUCGAUUACAAAUUUUGUACUCGCGAGAUUUACAAAUCUAGCGCUUAGCUAUCAACAUGCUAUUUUGGCAUAUUCCGAUAUUUUACUCUCCAUGAAAACAUA